CCACGAAGGCACCAACCACUGCGGUUGGACUCACCGCCCGGCCCGGCGCUCCCCCCCACCUGGCGACCCUGACGCUGAUGGUGCCUUUGCCGUGGGAAAACGAGGCCGCCGCCACCAUCCACGCCACGCGCUACGCGGUUAGGCUCCACCACCAGCAGCACCGCGGGAGUUCCCCCGCCGCCGCCGGUGCCGGUCAGCGCGCGCGUCACGCCCCCACUCUAAUCAAUCCCCCGGUGCCCUCCCCCUGGCUAAUGCGCUCCGACGCGCGCCUCCACUUUCGCCGCGGGGCCUACCUCUCGUGACGCGGGCGCAAGCGGCCGUUGGGCAACCCGCCCGCCUGCCUGCCUGCCUGCCUGGGCGGAGAGUCCUCUCCUCUUCUCCCGGUCAGUCUCCUCACUUUCCCCCUCGCCCGAGAUCCCUCCCUUCCCUUCCCUGACCUUCUCCUCCCCCGGAAUUCAACGCCUCCCUUUCCUGCGCCAUUUCCCUCCCCAAAUCUGCGCUUUAGGCCCCGACUGUUCUUCCGGCCCUUUGCUACUACUACCUCCAAGCUUUGCUCUGCUUCUUCUCCCUUCCUUGAUUAUUGGUUACAGCGGGGGGACGACAGCUAUGGGGCUUAAUUAGGACGCAGGGUUUCUCUCCGCCGCCCCAACAGGAUCCUUCUCCCGGCCGACUGCUAGGGUUCAUCCGGGCGCGCCAUCGAUCUGCCAAGUUCCCAUCUCCCACAGUUUCCUUCUUUUGCUACUCCUCGCCUAGUCCCGGGGAAGGGGAAAAGAAACAAAGGGUCUGCCCUUUCAGCUCAUCUUUCUCUGCCUGAUCACUCAACUCAACUCUGGCAUAGUACGCUUUGAGCUUCAAGAGGGCUCUCUCUCCUUUUUGGAGCCAACAACUUCAGGCCUUGUCACAGCGGUUUUGAGGUCUCACGCGGCAGCUUCGAGGGAGAUCCCCAUGCCGGAGACCGUGAUCUUACUACUACCCAACGGAGUGGUACGUUGUGGGUCCGAUUCCCUUGCCUGAGCUGCAAAAUUUUGGAGCUUCCUUCGAGCAACCGCUGCCCCAUGGAUGGCCUUACAGACGCCGACGUCGCGCCUCUGGCGGCGGCGGCGGCGGCGGCCCCGCAGCAGCAGCAGCAGCAGAAGCGGGACGAGUGGAGCGAGAGCGGCAUCUCGCGGCUGCUCGAGGCCUACGAGGCCAAGUGGCUGCUCCGGAACCGCGCCAAGCUCAAGUGGAGCGACUGGGUCGACAUUGCCAACGAUGUGUCGGUGCACUGCUCCUCCGAGAGCGCCGCCGCGGGGAAGCCCGGCGGCAGCAGCGCCAAGACCCCCAACCAGUGCAAGAACAAGGUGGAGUCCAUGAAGAAGCGGUACCGAGCUGAGUCCGCCGCUGCGGCGCGCUCUGGCCCUGGCGCCGCUGCCAAUGCCGCCGGCCCGUCGUGGCGGUUCUUUGGCCGCAUGGAUGGACUGCUCAAAGGGCCGGGCGCUGGUUCCUCCGGUCAGGUGCAGGCUGAGUUAAGCAACGGUGUAGACCUUCGAGUCCCCCCAGCGAAAGCAGAGCCGGAGGUUGAGGUGGAAGGUGGUCUUCUCCGGCAGCUGCCAGAUGCAGGGCCAAGUGCACUUUCCGAGCUGGUGAAUGCAGAUGGAAAUGGUUUUGCGACAGAGAGAGCCGAGAAGGUUGAUUGCAGCAUGCAGAAAGAUAGCAGAGCUGUAGAUAGUGAUGCCAAUGUGAGCUCCCCGAGGAGCAAGGAGGCGAAAGAGGACGUCGAGGAGGUGGGCAAGGUCUGGGACAUGCCUAAGAAGAGGAAGAGUUCAGAAUUUGAUAUAGGGAAGAGCAUUGAGUUGCUGGCUAGCUCAUUCCUGAAGAUUGAGCAGGCCAGGAUGGAGAUGUACAGGGAGACUGAGAAGAUGAGGGUUGAGGCUGAGAUUAAGAAGGGCGAGAUGGAGCUCAAGAGAACGGAGAUCAUGGCGAAAACACAACUGCAGAUUGCUAAACUUUUUGCCAAGAGAUUGAAGGAGUGCAGCAGGACUGGUGGUAGCUCGUCAGUAGCAGCUGAUGUGGAUACCCUUACCAAGAAAGGCGAAAAUGGUUCAGGGUGAUCGAGCAACCACAGCAGCGUGUGAUUCUCUUCUCAAAGCAGGUCGACCGUCAGUUCUCUUUGUGCGAAAAAUGUAUGUGUCUGAUUAGUCCAGCUUCACCAUGAGUGAAGAAAUAGUUAGCUGUAAAAUCAAAACAAAAUAACGGAAGGAAUUGAUGGCACGAUCUGUUCCUCUCAUCCAGUGGGCUCUUAGAAAUGCAGUUUUACAAUCAGGAGUAGUAGUUUGCUAGUCCGAAUCUGUCGACUUGCAUUCCUGAAGUACUUUGCUGACAGCCAGAUGGAUGCUUCUUCCAUGUCGGUGAUAUUGUAUGGUGUCUGACUGCUGAUAGUUCGAUUCUUCCAUGUAUUAUACCGUAUCAUUGACGAUUUGACGGCUACUUUUUUCAUGUACUGUAUGUGACUUCAGGAAGUCAUUUUGUUUUGAAACUCGUGAGGAAAUUAUCUUUUGGAAUGUAAAGAAGCGGCAGAAAGGCCUUUUGCCCAAAAUUCAA